AUGCAGACCUCUGCGCAGAUCUUCAGGGCGGGCGCCUCGCCGGCAGUGGCGGCCCGUGCAGCCCGACGCAGCUCCGUCGUGCGCUGCCAGGCGCCGCAGGGCCUCUCCCCUAUCCAGGAGGCCGCCAAGGGCGCUGCCCUGGCCGCUGCCACCCUGGGACUCGUGCUGGGCAGCGGUAUGCCGGCGCUGGCCGCCAAGCCCACGCCCUCGGCCUUUGAGCAGCGUGCGGCGUAUGAGCAAGAGCUGCUGGAGUCGCUGAAGGCCCGCGGCAAGGACCUGCCCGCACUCACCUCCUCCCCAGAGGCAAGCUGA